ACUUUCCGGUUUCAUUCACUAUCAUUAAACACCGAUGAAAUUAAUAUUCCAAUCACAGCUCUCAUCGAAUCACAUCCAUGGCCAACAAUUCUUCCUUCAAACUCUCCAUUUCCCUCUCCAAACCUUCCUUCCGCUACUCCACAUGGCAUUCUCCACCACCGCCGGCAGCGGUGGCUGACCCUUUACUCGCCGCCGUCUCCACAGCCAUCAACAACGCCCAAACAAAGCCUCUCGCCUCUUCUCUCCGCCGCCUCCUCCCUUCCUUCAAACCCCACCAUUUUAUCGACCUCAUCAACCAUAAUCCUUUCUCUCUUUCCCCUCUCUCUCUCUUCUCAUUCUUCAAUUGGCUCUCUUCUAUGCCCACCUUUCGCCACACUUCUCAAUCCUACUGCGCUAUGGCCAAUUUCCUCUCUGCCCAUCAAAUGUUCGAAGAAUGUCAAUCGAUUAUACGAUUUCUUGUCUCCCGCAAAGGCAAGGACUCGGCGGCUUCCGUCUUUGCAGCGAUUCUUGACAUUGCAGGUACGCGUUGUUCGAAUUUUGUUUUUGAUGCUUUGAUGAUUGCAUAUUGGGAUUCCGGAUUCGUUUCCGAUGCUAUUCAGUGUUUUAGGUUGGUUAGGAAGAGCAAUUUUCAAAUCCCGUUUCAUGGUUGUGGGUACUUGCUUGAUAAAAUGAUGAAUUCGAACUCCCCUGUUACAAUUUGGACGUUUUAUUCAGAAAUUUUGGAUUCUGGGUUCCCGCCUAAUGUGAAGUAUUUCAAUAUUUUGAUCAAUAAGUUCUGUAAAGAGGGAAGUACUAGAGAUGCCAAGUUGAUUUUUGAUGAAAUUAGGAAGUGGGGUUUGCGUCCUACAACUGUUAGUUUCAAUACCUUGAUUAAUGGGCUCUGUAAAUCUAGAAAUUUAGAUGAGGGGUUUAGGUUGAAGAAGAUCAUGGAAGAGAAUAGAAUAUAUCCUGAUGUUUUCACUUACAGCGUUCUGAUUCAUAGAUUAUGUAAGGAAGGUAGGUUAGAUAAUGCAGAACAACUGUUUGAUGAAAUGCAGAAGAGAGGAUUGAGACCAAACGGCGUUACGUUCACCGCAUUGAUUGACGGGCAAUGUAAGAGGAGACAAAUUGACUCAGCUAUGAACACUUACCACCAAAUGUUAACCAUGGGAGUGAAACCAGAUUUGGUUAUGUACAAUACACUCUUAUAUGGCCUUUGCAAGGUUGGGGAUGUUAAUAAAGCUAGGAAGCUAAUUGAUGAAAUGAGAAUGGUGGGGAUGAAACCUGAUAAGAUCUCUUACACCACACUCAUAGAUGGUUAUUGCAAAGAGGGAGAUUUAGAAUCAGCCUUGGAGAUUAGGAAAGGGAUGAAUGAAGAAGGGGUUGUGCUGGAUAAUGUAGCAUUCACAGCCCUUAUUUCAGGUUUCUGUAGAGAUGGAAGGGUGAGGGAUGCAGAGAGGACCUUGAGGGAGAUGAUGGAAGCCGGUAUGAAACCCGAUGAUGCCACAUAUACUAUGGUAAUUGAUGGGUAUUGCAAGAAAGGCGAUGUAAAGACGGGGUUUAAGAUGCUGAAAGAGAUGCAAAUCAACGGCCAUAAGCCUGGUGUCAUAACUUAUAAUGUGCUUAUGAAUGGACUUUGCAAGCAAGGACAGAUGAAGAAUGCACAUAUGCUAUUGGAAGCAAUGCUUAAUUUAGGAGUAACUCCAGAUGACAUUACAUACAACAUUCUUUUGGAAGGGCACUGUAAAAAUGGAAAAGCAGAAGAUUUGCUUAAACUCAGAAAUGAGAAAGGACUCAUAAUAGAUUACGCGUAUUAUACUUCUUUAGUCGGUGAAUACGAUAAAUCCUUAAAGGAUCGUCAAAAGAGGUGAUGAAAGAUUUGUUGUUGAGUGCUAACUUCUUCAGUUUGCAAGAGAAUCCACAUUGUAGAUAAAGGGUUGUCUAUGCAUAAAGGAGCUUGGAACUUCUUAAAAAUUAAAAAAGAACUGAAGGAGAAGGACGAUGGGUUCAAUUUCAUGGCACCAAUCUAGAUGAGAUGUCAACUCUUACAACCUUUUUGAUAAUCGAAAUAUGGAAUGGUGGGUAGAGUUGGACAUUUAUCUCUCUAUAUUAGUCAAGGUGCACAUGUUCUGAAAUGAGAGAGAGAGAAAGCUUUGAGUAACUCUUCUUUUUAUACUGUUUGCAUAAUCGUCCAUGGACGAGCUUGAUUAUAGGGAGUAGUUUGAAAAUUUCUAUUUUUAUUUGAAAAUUGCUUUUCAUCUGUGUAUUGUAAAGCCCUCCCAGGUAGGCGCUAGAUGCAUGUCCACGCCUAAGGCUCAUUGAAACAUUUUUCAUUAUUUUUAAAAAUAUAAUAAUUAUUAGUGUUUUUCUUUCUUUAUUAA